UAUGUAUAUGUAUCAUAGUGUAGAAGAAUAGAUAUAUUGUCGUUAUAGAAGCUCUGCUUUUUUUUGAAGAUUUUCUGGAUUUUUAAUGGUUUUCACGUGGUGGUGGGGUUGGUUGGUUGUAAAUGCCGUAUUUUCUUCCAGUUUAGUCUUGGCGUUAAUGGGGCUUUCUCAAAAAAUGUUGAUUUGUUUUGGUCUUUCUGAGUUUUGUUGAGUGGUGGGUUGGGGAAGAUUUCAAGCAUAUUAUAUUCUGUUGAUUUGGGCUUAAAAUAUUCAUGGUUAGCUGGUACAAAUCAGUAUUUUAUACUUAAAUUUUGUUGAUAUUUGUUUGGUUGCUGAGAAAACUGAGGAAAAACAAUAGAAAUUUUUUUUAUCAGGACCUUCAGUUGAUAUUUCUUAAUUUUCUCUCCAUUCCACCAUUGUGUGAUUUUGUACAGAAUCUGCUACAUAUUCGGUGCUGCUGGUGAUUUGAUUGUUCUUUUUGGGUACCUCAUGCUGUGGGAUCUGAAAAUCUGAAGCUUUUUCUUUGAGGGACUCAUUUGGCCGCUUUUACUUUUUCCGUUUGUUUCACUACUCAAUUAUUUGAAGGAUCGAAAGCAGUCUGAUACUAUACACCUCUGUGUCGUUUUGCAUAUUCUGCAUUGGUUCUCUCAUUGUCGCUGGGCGUCAGGAAGUGUAAAAUCAAUCUUGCUUUCAGAACUAGAGGAUUUACAUACCAAUCUGGGGGUGUUCGUCCAAAACCGUCACUGGUUGAGAAAGUGAGUAUCCCAACUGGGUUUCUGAGUUAGAUUCUUGGGAAUUUAGGUGAAUUGGGUAAAAAGGGUCUUUUCAAUUGACGUUCUACAGCAGCUAAAGCUGCUAGAGGGACUGGUGGCGCAUGUCUGUUAGUCAAUGUCUCGGAAUCUAGAACAGUGGGGGGCAGUCUAAUUAUGGAAAUAUUCGUUUCGAUGUGUUUCUUUGCUUGUGGUUUGAGGGCAUUUGAGAAUUGAACAGUUUGAGCAAGGUGGUUUUGCAAAGAUAGUGUGGUGUAAAAUUUGACAAUGAGUCGAGAACAGAAGCGGGGGAAGCAGGAGAAGGGCUCUGAUGACGCUGAGAAGGUUGUCGUCGCGGUUAAGGCCUCGAAGGAAGUUCCUAAGACUGCUCUGGUCUGGGCCUUGACUCAUGUUGUUCAACCCGGGGACUGCAUAACACUGCUUGUGGUUGUGCCCUCUCAAAGUUCAGGUAAAAAGUUAUGGGGCUUUCCAAGAUUUGCAGGGGAUUGCGCCAGUCACCGGAAGUCUCAUACAGGAACAACCUCAGAGCUGAAGUGUGAUAUAUCAGAUUCCUGCUCGCAGAUGAUCCUUCAGCUUCAUGAAGUUUAUGAUCCAAAUAAGAUAAAUGUCAAGAUAAAAAUUAUUUCUGGAUCACCUUCUGGUUCUGUGGCGGUAGAGGUCAAAAAAGCUCAAGCCAGUUGGGUUGUUUUAGACAAACAUCUUAAACAUGAGGAAAAACACUGCAUGGAAGAGCUGCAGUGCAACAUUGUGGUAAUGAAGCGUUCCCAGCCAAAAGUUCUUCGCUUGAAUUUGAAUGGAUCAUCUAAGAAGGAACCUGAAUUGGCCAGUUCCUUGCUGUCCGAGCAUGGUGCAGGGUCUGAUAAACAUCCCAAGCAGAAGAAUGAUUCUUUGAGUUCCAUUCGAGGGCCAGUUGUGACUCCAUCUAGUAGUCCAGAGCUUGGGACGCCAUUUACAGCCACUGAGGUUGGAACUUCAUCAGUGUCAAGUUCAGAUCCAGGAACUUCACCUUUUUUCAUUCCAGAAAUAAUUGAAGAUCUGAAGAAAGAGGAAUCGUUAGUUAAUAAAGAAAACAAGGUUCUUGAUGACAGUAGUUCAGACACAGACAGUGAACAUUUAUCAGCUUCUUCAAGAAGUUUGGGGUUCCAACCAUGGAUAGGUGAAUUUCUUAAUUCUCAUUGCCCAUCCUCGCAACACAUGGAAGACAGCUCACACAGAAGUAACGAUAAUUCAAAAGCAUCUAUUACCAAGGAUUUGCUGAAAUUUUUGAAACUUGAUAAAGAUGCUGGAAUUGGAAUGCGAAAUUUUAGAGCUGACAUGGAGUUCAGUGGAAAUCUGAGAGAAGCAAUUUCACUGUCUAGUAAUGCUCCUCCAGGCCCCCCUCCAUUAUGUUCAAUAUGUCAACACAAGGCACCUGUUUUUGGAAAACCUCCAAGGUGGUUUAGCUAUGCAGAGCUGGAGCUUGCUACUGGAGGAUUUUCGCAAGCCAAUUUUUUGGCCGAAGGAGGGUUUGGUUCUGUUCACAGAGGGGUGCUACCGGAUGGCCAGUCUGUUGCUGUCAAGCAACAUAAAUUGGCUAGUUCUCAGGGGGAUCAGGAGUUCUGUUCAGAAGUAGAAGUCCUGAGCUGUGCUCAGCACCGAAAUGUUGUCAUGUUGAUUGGCUUCUGUAUCGAGGACAAAAGAAGAUUGCUGGUCUAUGAAUAUAUAUGCAAUGGGUCAUUAGAUUCGCAUCUAUACAGUAAUAUAUCUUUCUCUGGCAGUGGGCAACAUCGUGAGCCUUUAGAAUGGUCUGCACGGCAAAAGAUCGCUGUAGGGGCAGCUCGAGGGCUACGAUAUCUUCAUGAAGAAUGCAGAGUGGGAUGCAUUGUGCACCGUGACAUGCGGCCAAACAACAUCCUCAUCACCCAUGAUUUUGAGCCACUGGUUGGGGAUUUUGGCCUCGCAAGGUGGCAGCCUGAUGGGGACACGGGUGUGGACACAAGAGUCAUUGGAACAUUCGGAUAUUUGGCUCCUGAAUAUGCUCAGAGUGGUCAAAUCACAGAAAAGGCUGAUGUUUAUUCCUUCGGGGUGGUCUUGGUGGAACUUGUUACAGGGCGAAAAGCUGUGGACCUUAACCGGCCUAAGGGGCAGCAAUGUCUCACUGAAUGGGCGCGGCCAUUAUUAGAAGAAUAUGCCAUUGAUGAACUGAUUGACCCAAGACUUGACAACUUCUAUUCCGAACACGAGGUUUACUGCAUGCUGCACGCUGCUUCGCUAUGUAUACGGCGGGAUCCUCAAUCUAGGCCUCGCAUGUCUCAGGUUCUCCGUAUACUAGAAGGUGACAUGGUGAUGGAUACAAAUUACAUGUCAACGGCCGGGUACGAUGUAGGAUGCCGGAAUGGUCACGAUGUGGGAUGCCGGAGUGGUCGACUUUGGUCAGAGCAGCAGCAGCAGAAGGAACAUCAUAGCGGCCCUCUAUUCGACGAAGCGAUGGACGGGUACGAGAAGCUCUCUCGUGAGAAUUUAAGGCCAGGUUUCAGGGAGAGGGACAGGGUAAGGAGGACUCCAUGUGAAAACCAUUUGUAAAGCGCUCGCCCUUCAGAAUUACACAUAUUUGGUGGACUAAAUAUGUGAGCUACCUUUUUGUAAUGUAAUCCAUAUUCCUUGAUAUUUUGGUUAAUGCCACCUGUGUUGUGCUUCUGUAUAGUAAAAAGAAGAGAGUAGCAAGUUUUAUUGGUGAAUCUAAUGAAAAAUACCACUUCAACCGU